AUGCCACUGCUGUUGCUGACGGGGGUGCAAGCCCAGGCAGCGAUGGAAGCUGCGGAUUCGGACCUGAAAUACCUGCUGUCCGAAGUGGGCGUUGGGAUUGAUGAGACCCGAGCAGAGGUGCGAGGGGCGCUCAAUGAUGAGAUUGGGCUAGACCACACGGCAGGUAAUGCCGAGAGGCGCAACACCGCCCUGGUCCUCAGCGCUUGGGAGACAGCAAAGACACAACAGAAGUCCAAUGAUGAGAACAGGGCAGAAGCAAGGGCAGCGAUGGUGCCCCGGCCCGUGCCGGUCAGCGAGCAUGCAAUGCUCAGAGAGGCCCUGGAGAACCAGAUAGGACGCCUGAGGGACUACGAGGUGCCUGCAAAGAGCCUCAUUGCGGCGAAGUUAGAUGACAUCGAGACCAACAUGCCGAAGCUUGAGGACCUCAGGGACGUGGCAUCAGUAGAAGAUGGCGAAGCAGAUCUUCUCCAAGGCAGCCUUGAUGCCUCGACAGGUACCUUCAAGACGAAGGCUGCAAGGAACACAGUGACCAUGCCCAAGACGGCAGAGGAACUACGUUUGAGGCAUCGCAGAAUCGGGUUAGCCUGGGAAAUGGCCAGAACGAAGCAUAAGAACCGGGUCUGGCUACAGGGAGGCUUGGUGGAGUGCUACCGCCAUCUGAGCGACCAUGUGCUCGGAAAGCACGUGCAUGGCCUGAACUUGCCAGGGCCACAUGACCACCCAAGGUGGGAGCUGGUGCUCGGUUACGAGCAAGAGGUAAGGAAGCGAGCCUAUCAACUGAUCAGGCGGGGGGACGAGCCCACCUUGGAAGCUGCGAUGAGAAGGGCCAUCAGCGACCCGGAGACCAUGAACCUGCACUUCGUGGUGCCACUUACCACCAGCUUGGCGAGCUCUGGAAGUGGAGGGGGUGGGUGCCCUGCUGGCACUGCAGCGAAGCCGGGGCAGAGUGGCCCCCAGAGCCCUGGAAAAGGCUCCAAAGGAGCUGGCCGCACCGCCAAGGGCGUGAAGAAACUCCAGGUGAAGACCCCCGAUGGAAGGUGCCUGGGGAACCACCCCAAGUCGGCCUGCAACACCCUCAAGGGCGACACGGCCAAGAGGAGCACACCGCCAGCUGAAGGAGUCAAGUUAGAGAUGACAGAGAUCGACCUGCAAAUAUCAGAUGACCAUGACAUGUCUGAUGAGGUGGCACCGCACCAGACAAUUUGUCUAUGGGAGCACCCGGAAGACUUGGGCCGAGCCCGAAAUGGAACGCCAGCCAGCGUCUGGCAGCUUGAAGCUCUGCGCACAGCAGCAAAGAAACGCGGCAUGGACACCAUUGCCUUCCAUCAAUGUGAGUAUGGAGCAGACUACCCAAAGCCAACACGCUUUUUGAGUGAUGCAAAAGGCUUGCUUCAACUGGGCUUUGGGGGUUGGCCCGUCUUCAACAAGGACCUGUACUACCUCGGCCCAUUGCCUCGAUCAUGUGGACAUUCCCAUCAGCCUUUAAUCGGGACAGAAAAUGGAGGAGGCUUCAAAACCGGGCCAACCGCAGCAUACCCACCAGCGAUGAACAACAUGAUCGCCUCCUUGCUCUUCAAUGACUGGAUACAGCGCCAGCCCACGACGCCUACCGGAGGGGGUGAAAGCCAACCAAGUUACGCGAGGGCUGACAGGAGAGAAACACAGAAUGAGGACCCAGCCCUGGGAAAGGGGUCGGAUGAGGACCCAGCCCUGGAAUUGGCGAAGGUGGCUGAGCGAGGACAAGGAUCCUACGCUAUGAGAGGGCCGGGGCAGAAAAUUUUCCAUGAUGGAGCGGGCUUGUGUUCACAAGGGAAUAGGAGACCAGCCUUCAGAGAAAUUUCAGAGAUGAGCAAACUGGGGGAAGAAUUCCUCGCCUUGACGACGGAGAAGGAACUUAGAGAAGACCUUUACAGAUUGGCCCUUGGAAGAUGUGAAAAGCCUCCCUUCCGAGAGGGGGUGGUGGAAGCAGCCCGGGAAGCCUGGCUUAGGCGCCUCUCAGAGACAAGGGGGGCAGAGAUGGAGGCCUUGAGGCGUGUGGAACCGAGGCAACCUUUCAUGCUGACGGCCAUCGGUGAACACCUCAGGAUCAUUGGUGACCCGGACUGGCGGGCCUUCAGUGCGGGGCCGGACACUUUCAGAUCCGGAGUGCCUUUAGGGGUCCAAGGCAUGCCUCGGGUUCCAGAGGUCUUUGAGGCCAAGGAGAAGUGGAGAAAGUAUGAGCCAGUGCCGUGGCCGACCGACAAGGCCAACUAUACCUCGGCCUUGGACAAUGCGUUAGCGGUGCAAAAGCAGUUCCGCAAAGAGGAGGCACUUGGGGCCAUGGUGGAAGUGACUGAGGGUGCAGCCAGGGAGAAGUACGGGGGGAGGCUCCGAGUGGCGGCCUUGGCAGCUUUGGAAAAGGCGGACCACAGUUUCAGGGUGGUGCAUGAUGCUACCCACAACGUGGGAGUCAACGCCCAGAUCAAAGUGGAGGACCAGCUGCGAUACCCAGGGCCAUCGGAGAUCAAGAUGGCAAUGCAGGCCUUGUUCCCCCCGACCUUCGUUCUGGCGGCGGACAUCGCAAGGGCUCACCGGCUUGUCUUAGUGAAAGAGGAAGACUGGGGCUACCAGGCUUGCCGUACAGGGGUCGACGAUGAAGGAAGACCCAGUGACAAAAUAUGGCUUAACGCAGUGGGGACCUUUGGGGUGACGUCGGCCAGCUACCACUUCACCCGUCUCUUUGCUGCUGUCACCCGAUGUGCCCACUCCCUCUUGGCCCGGCGUGAUAGUUGCCAGCUGACCUACGUGGAUGACCUCUUAUUCAUGGCAAACGGCCUAGGUGGGUUGUCAGCUGUUUGGGUGGCCCUGCUGUUCCUGAUGGUGGUAGGAACACCUUUCUCGUGGAGGAAGUUUCAAGGAGGAACGAGGGCAGAGUGGAUUGGGUUCCAGGUUGAUGUGUCGUCCCGAGAGCUGGGGAUGACUGAAAAGCGGCUCAGGUGGGCGAGGGACUGGUUGGAACGCACCAUUGCCAACAAGGUCGUGCGCGUGGAGGAGUUCAGGUCGGCACUGGGCCGAUUGGCUUUUAUGAUGUCGGCCUUCGUGCACCUGAAGCCGUUAUUGGGCCCGCUUUACUCCUGGGUCACGGCGGUGGAUCACUGCAAUACGCUCCAAGUCCCGGCGGCGGUUAUCUUAAUCCUGAUGUUCCUCAAGGCCACGAUGAUACCUGAGAUUGCCCGCACAAAAGUCCGGGUCACACCGGAGUUGGAAGGCGACCACAUCUUCAGAUCCGACGCAAAGGCGGAAGGUGAGAACGUGGUCCUUGGGGGCUGGUGCUGCGGAGACUCCCCGGAGAGAGGGAAGUGUCGCUGGUUUUCAGUGAAACUUGACAGAGGCAAUGCUCCGUGGGUCUUCGAAUCAGGGGAGCCCUACCGAGCCAUUGCCUCGCUGGAGCUCCUGGGGACUUUAGCAUCGGUCACCGCCUUUCCCCCGAAGAAGGAUAGCGCCAGGAACUUCUACCUUUCGGCGGGAACGGACAACUUAGGGAAUCGACAUCUGGUGUCCCGUUUCCUCACAACGAAGUUCCCGUUGUGCGUUGUGCUGAUGCAGCUGGCUUGGACGCUACAUUGCAAGGACUUAGAGCUCCGGCUGGACUGGCUGCCGAGGUUACAGAACCGAGAGGCAGAUGCACUCACCAAUGGUGACUUUACAGGUUUUGAUCCGGAUCUACGCGUCGAGAUCAAGCCGGAGGACCUUUUAGACGACCAGUUCAAAGAACUACUGAGGAAAGGAGGUGAGCUCUUUGACGAAAUCAAAGAACUCAGGAAGAAGAGGAAGGAAGGGGAGAUAAAAUCGCUCCCUGCCAGCAAGAAGCCCAAAGGGGCGGAGCUGAUUGGUCCGUGGUGA